AUGAUGAGUGUACUUCCGGUGCUCGCGGUGGCCUUUUCUUUCCUCCUCGCCCUCCUCCUCCUCCUCAUUUCCCUUUGGAGAAAGCCAAAGAAAUACAAGUCUUUACCUCCAGGACCGUCCCCGCUGCCUCUCCUCGGGACCCUCCAAUAUAUUGGGGUGAAUGCUGGCUGCAAACACUUUCCAGAGCUGUGUAAGCAGUACGGUCCGAUAUUCACAAUCUGGAAGCUCGCCGAGCCCGAGGUGGUCCUCUGCGGUUACGACGUGGUGAAGGACGCGCUCAUAAAUCACGGGGAGCAGUUCAGCGGCAGACCAGCCGCUCCGGUGAUGGAUGCCUACUCCGAGGGAUACAGUUUUCCCAGCCUUGACGGCGAACGAUGGCGUCAGCUGCGCAGAUUUACCAUAACGGCACUGCGCAAUUUCGGAAUGGGGAAGAAAUCAAUGGAGAAGCUAGUGCUGGAGGAAUCCCAAAAUCUCAUUGCAGCCGUUUCCAAGACAGGAGGAAAGCCGUUCAACGUUCUCAAUGUCCUGGGCUGCGCGGUGGGGAACAUCAGCAGCGCCGCUCUGCUGGGGGAACAUUUCCACUACCAAGACCCGAAGUUCCAGGAACUGAUCGCCACCAUCAGGAAGUUCAUCUACAACGCUCACUCUCCGCUGCACGAGCUGGCAAACACCUUCCUCUUCCUCCUCAAUGUGCCGAUCCUGAAGCAGAAGAUCUUCAAGGAAAGUUCUGACCUCAAAGCCUUCGUCCAGAAAUACAUCUAUCGGCACCGGCGCUCCGUGAACCCGGAAGCGCCACGAGAUUUUAUAGAUCACUUCUUUAUCAAGAUCAGAGAGGAGAAGAAGUCCUCGGGGGGUCAUUUCAAUGAGACCAGCCUCCUGAUGACUCUUAUUUCCAUGUUCGCUGCUGGGACUGAGACCACGACCGCCACUCUGAAUUUCUUUCUGAUCCUAAUCAGCAAUUACCCGGAGAUACAAGCCAAGGUCCAGCAGGAGAUCGAUGAGGUGACGGAGUCACAGCGCCAAGCUGAGAUCAUGGACAGGGCGCAGAUGCCGUACACCAACGCCGUAAUCCAUGAGAUGCAAAGAGUUCUAGACCUGGCGCCGCUGGCCCAUUACCACGCCGUCACGGAGGACACCCACUUCCGAGGUUACACUAUUCCCAAGGGGACCACAGUGAUUGCGUUCAUCUCUUCAGUGCUUUCUGACCCCAGCCAGUGGGAGACGCCCACAGAGUUCAACCCGGGGCAUUUCCUGGAUGAAAAUGGACAAUUCCGCACAAAGACGGCGUUCAUGGCUUUCUCUGCAGGGAAACGGGUUUGUGCCGGGGAGAAUUUGGCACGCAUGGAACUCUUCCUCCUCUUUUGUGCUCUGCUCCAGAAAUUCACCUUCACCCGGCCGCCGGGCGCAGAGCGUCAAGACUGUAAGGCUCUGAAACAGAACAGGAGAAGUUUGUUCUUCUCCCAGGUGUGCGCCGUGCCGCGAUCCCAGGAAUCCUAGAGGCCGCCAAUGAAUCCUAGAGGCCGCCAAUCAAAUGCCACCAUUGGACAACCGCACCUUAGAUGUCUGGGUGGG